GUUACAAACAAAUCACUUCUCAAAUUAACUACAAAGUAUACCAAUAUAUGAUAUGAACUUUGUUUCUCGAUGAGCUAUCUGAAUUCUGAAGUUCAAGCCCAUAUCAUUCCUGAUUAAUUGAUAUCCUACAGAUACAGCUAAUGCCCAUCAUAGUCUUGUAUAUUUUGGCCUUCUACAGCACCUGGACAAUAUUGUAAAAAUAGAGGGCAAAACAAUUAUUGCCCAAAGGCUCCUGUUUUAAUAUUCUAAAGGGUAUUUUUCUGAGUAAAGAGCGUUUCGGCCGCCGACCAUGUGCCAGCCGACCUUAACCAAAGUAGCAGUGACUGGCACAAUAGGGUCCAUCUUUCUAAUCUUGGGAUGUGUACUUAUACCAGUAGGAAACGACCUAAUUGCAUACUUCGUUGAAGAGGAUGUUGCCAUUCAGCCUGGUACAACAGCUUAUGAUUCUUGGUUAAGACCACCUACACCAGUCUACAUGCAAUUCUGGGUAUGGGAUCUCACCAACCCGGAAGCAUUCCUAGACGGGGGUAUACCUCAUAUGGAACAGAAGGGACCAUAUACCUAUGAAGAACUUCGAGAUAAAGAUAACAUCACGUUUAAUCCGAAUUCCACGGUCUCCUUCAAACCAAGGACAACUUAUGUUUUUAGACGGGAGUUAUCUGUUGGACCUGAUACAGACACUUUUACAACAGUCAAUCUGCCAGCUAUUACACUAGCUAACCUGUUCAGAGUUGAUCCAAGACUAGAGGCUCUCCAGUAUCUGUUAAACGAGCUUUCAGGCGCUACAACAGUGAUUGAGAUACCCGUAGCUGGAAUGCUCUGGGGGUAUGAAGAUGCCUACCUCAAGGCACUGGAACCACUCCUAGGAAAUAUCAGCACCGAAUUUGGAAUUUUCAUGGGGGUGAGUAAAGUAAACUUCGGAAAAGGUUUGAUUUACUUACCGAUUAAACAUUGAUAUAUAUAUCUAUGGGCGAAAAUUUGAUCUAUCUUUACUUUUCUCUCUACGGUUGUUUUAUUCACUAAUGAAAUAUCUUUUGAUCAUAGCGCUUCAGAUUAUGACGUAAAUUACGUCUUUUGAUCAUAGCGUUUUAGAUUAUGACGUAAAUUACGUAAAGAUGAUAACAUAAUGAUUCCGUUGCUACGCAACGCAUCUCAUCAGCGUAUACAUGCUUAGUAUAUGGCGCUAGAGCGCAAUUUUUGUAUGAAUUUGUUGUGAAUCAAUAUUUCACUUUCUGAAGAAUUAAAGACGAAACUAGUUAAAGUGG